AAAUGGAAGCUUUAAUGGGAAUUCGCGGUCCAGAUUUCGUGAUGCUGGCCGCCGAUUGCACGCACGCCCAUUCCAUUAUGGUGCUGAAGGAUGAUGAGGACAAAAUCUUGAAGGUAUCGGAUAAUCUGAUGAUGGCCACCAUGGGCGAAGCGGGCGAUCGUGUACAGUUCACCGAGUACAUAAGCAAAAACAUACUGCUGUACCGAAUGCGCAACGGGUACGAGCUCGGUCCGAAAGCAGCGGCUCACUUUACACGCCGGAAUUUGGCUGACUAUCUGCGGUCCCGUACACCGUACCAUGUCAACAUUCUCGUCGGCGGAUACGACGAAGUGGAUGGACCACAGCUGCACUACAUCGACUAUUUGGCCAACUCGUUGCCGGUAAAGCAUGCGGCGCACGGUUACGGUGGGAUGUUCGUGAACAGUAUCUUCGAUCGGUACCAUCACGACAAAAUCACGCAAAAGGAAGCGUACGAAAUUUUCCGCAAAGGUGUUACCGAGAUACACAAGCGGUUGAUUUUGAACCUGCCCAACUUUAAGGUGGCCGUGAUAGAUAAGGAAGGCGUGAAAUAUCUGGACGAUAUUACGCCCGAUUCGCUAAAGCAGGCUUCCGCUGCCUAGGUGACACAAACACACAU